UCCUGCCCUUCCCCGGGUGGCAGCUCCGGCUUGGCCGGGUGAAUCCUCGCCGCUGGCCGUGGGGACGGCUUGUGGGGCGGCUGCCAGUUGAUUUUCUUCUUUUUUUUUUUUUAAAUUUGAGUGCUGUGUUCUAAGGCUUUCGGUGCGCACGGGAGGACCCGCCACCGUAAAUAAGCAUAUGGGCGACUAACAGGAAGUUUUCCCAGAGAUAACUUCACCAAGAUGUCCAGUGAUAGGCAGAGGUCGGAUGAUGAGAGCCCCAGUACCAGCAGUGGCAGUUCAGAUGCGGACCAGCGAGACCCUGCAGCCCCAGAACCUGAGGAACAGGAAGAAAGAAAACCUUCUGCCACCCAGCAGAAGAAGAACACCAAACUUUCUAGCAAAACGACCGCUAAGCUAUCCACUAGUGCUAAAAGAAUUCAAAAGGAACUAGCUGAAAUCACCCUUGAUCCUCCUCCCAACUGCAGUGCUGGGCCUAAAGGAGAUAACAUUUAUGAAUGGAGGUCAACUAUACUUGGUCCACCAGGUUCUGUAUAUGAAGGUGGUGUUUUUUUUCUGGAUAUCACAUUUUCUUCAGAUUAUCCAUUUAAGCCACCAAAGGUUACCUUCCGCACCAGAAUCUAUCACUGCAACAUCAACAGUCAGGGAGUCAUCUGCCUGGAUAUUCUAAAAGACAACUGGAGUCCUGCUUUGACUAUUUCAAAAGUUUUGCUCUCUAUUUGUUCCCUUUUGACAGACUGCAACCCUGAAGAUCCGACACUCGGGAGCAUAGCCACUCAGUAUUUGACCAACAGAGCAGAACAUGACAGGAUAGCCAGACAGUGGACCAAGAGAUACGCAACAUAA